CAACCAAAUAUCUUAGGCUUACUAACAAAGUUUAAUAUGGCGAAGAGGAAGGGUGAUGUAGCUCAAAGAGCAUGGAGUCUACUGCGUUUAGCAUUAUUAUGGGCGAGAAAAGGUGGGGUGUUCAGGAGACGGCUGAUGAUGGAGCUACGAUUGGUGCCUAAGUUCCUCAAGGGUCUUGCUCAUCAUCAAACUCAUCGUCAUCACCAACUGAUGAGCCAUUAUAAGGAACGCCAGCUUUCAUUCGACGAGACGCCCAUUUUUCACGUCAAGAUGCACCGUCCAGCCUCCAUGCGAUUCCUUCUUCCUUGCAUUAGCACUGAGGAAGUCGAUUUUGACUAUGAUUUCGGUCCCGAUGAUUACGAUGGGGUUUACGGGUAUGAUGAUGGUGGGAGAAAGAGUGACUCAACGGCAUCUGAUACUGACGAAGAGGAUGGAGAAGUGGAAGAGUGUGGAUAUGAAGGAUGUGAUGAGAAAGAGAACAGUCCAUAUUAUGCAGUGGAGGAAGAAGGGAUUGAUUCAAAGGCGGAGAAGUUCAUAGCUAGCUUCUAUGAGCAAAUGAGGUUACAAAGACAGGUUUCAUAUUUGGAAUAUGGUGAAAAGCUUAGCACAGGCUCAAAAAGCUAGAAUCUCCGCAAAUAUGUCAACUUCAUCAUAUUGCAUAUCCUACAAUAUCUAUACUUUUUUCUUCUUUUUAAUUUUUUUAUUAUUUGAGUUACAGAGCGUUUUGUAAGAGAUGAUCAGACACACACUACAGCUUUUUUUCUUUUUUAACGAGGAUUCGUGUGUUUAUAGUUUCAUCAAUAAGAUUUAAAGAUUUACAUUUUGAGUGCAAUAA